UUCCCUGUCUCGACGGGACAUGAUACGUACCUAUCUCGCGAGCUUGCUCGCCUUCGGUUUGUCCGUCAGACGACCGAGCGUCGGGGACGGACGCGGCAUCGCUUACGCCAACGUGACCGGCGACUUCCUCUUGGGAGGUCUGUUUCCGAUUCAUCGGAGGGGCACCGGAGGCGAGAGCUGCGGUGAGAUUCAAACGGAGGACGGUGUUCAACCGUUGGAAGCUAUGCUCUACACGGUGAACAGGGUCAACGAGAACCCCAAGAUUCUUCCCGGUAUAAAACUAGGCGUCCUGGCUUUCGACACUUGCGACAAUCCAAGUCACGCCUUGGAGCAAGCCUUCUACUUCGUCAAAGGUAAGGAUAAACUGUAUUCUCCUGUUUGGUUCCUAGAGAUAUUCUCCUUUGCAGGCUUCAUAACGAGAAGCGAGGAGUUUGGGCAAAGAGGAGGAGAGUACCAGUGCGAGGAUCGCAGCGCACCCAAGUUCCUCGACGGUGGAUUCGACCGAGUGAUAGCGAUACUCGGUGCUCAAUCGAGUUCGGUCACCAUUCAGAUAGCCUCGGUGCUGGCGCUAUUUCCGGUCCCGCAAAUCUCUUAUAUGGCCACGUCGCCGUUCCUAAGUAGCAAGGAGAGGUAUCCGCACUUCUUCCGCACGGUUCCCAAUGACGUGAACCAAGCACGCGCCAUGUUGGAGAUUCUUAGGCAAUUCGAAUGGUCAUACGUGUCCGUCGUCUAUUCGGACUCGGAGUACGGCGAUCAUGGAUACGAGACGUUGGUUUCUUUGGCCGGCGAGUACUCUAUAUGCUUCAGCGCACCGCAGCGCAUCAGCCAGGACCGAUUCACGAUCGACGAUUACGACAACGUGGUACGGACGAUCGCCGAGAAGACGGAAGUCCGAGUGGUGGUGCUGUUCGCGGAGAAGUCGACGACGUUGCGCGUGUUGGAAGCAGCACGACGCGUAGGGGUCGGAUCGCGAUUCGUGUGGCUGGGCAGCGACUCCUGGCCGGACGGACGUCGGGGCAUGGAGAGCCAGGAGAUUGCGGUACUCGAAGGGGCGCUCGCGGUUCAGCCACUCUACACUCCGCUCGGAGGUUUCGACGAGUACUUCACCGGUCUUAAGCUCGAUCACGAGCGGAUCGAUCCAUGGUUCAGGGAAUUUUGGAAAAAGUAUCACGACUGCGAAGAUGAUACUUCGCCAACGUGGAAACGGGCACGCGUUCGUUGCGAGGAUCCGCGACUGAAGAUCGACCGAAGCACCGGAUACAAGCAGCGACGAUUUCUGCACUUCGUUCGAGACGCGGUGUACGCGGCGGCUUAUGCUCUCCACGACAUGCACAAAGACGCCUGCGGGGAGAGUUUCCCCGGGGUCUGCGAGGAAAUGCUACCGAUAAACGAGCGCCUCUUCUCUCGUUACCUGGCGCAGGUUUCUUUCAAAGGUACGCAAACGCUUGUCGGAUCGAAGGAAGUUCCAAAGAGGAAUUUAUUGACUUCAGACGAAGCGGGAAACGGAUUCGGUUUCGUGGACGAGGUCGACGGUCCUCCGAGGUACUCUAUCCUGAAUUAUCAGCGCAAGGGGAACGGCUCGUAUCACUGGGUGGUGGUCGGCAAUUACACGCAAAACGAGGAAGGACAAUCGGUGCUGCGAUUGGACCGCGAGAACCUCCGCUUCCGGGGCGAUAGGCACGCCGCUUUUCCCUCCUCCUCGUGUUCUCGUCCUUGCGGCUCGAAUCGCAUCAUGGUCAGGGUGAAGGAGGAUCCCUGCUGCUGGAGGUGUCAGAGUUGCGGUCGCUACCGGUACAAGGUAGACGAACAGAGAUGCGAGGAGUGCGAAUGGGGGAGUCGACCGACCGCUAAUGGGACCAGCUGCGAACCGAUUCCCGAACAGUUCGUCGAUUAUUCGAACCCCUGGGCGAUCGUCGCGACGGCGGUGGCCGUCUCGGGUAUCGCGUUGACCUUGUUCGUCUGUUCGGUGUUCUGGAAAUACAGAGAUACACCUAUGAUCAAGGCAUCCGGUCGAGAGUUAUCUUUCCUAUUAUUACUCGGUACCUUCGGCUGCUUCUCGAUGACAUUUGCUGUCGUGGCGAAACCAACCGUUCAUAGCUGCGCUGUCGUCCGCUUCGGUAUCGGUUUUUGCUACACGAUCUGCUACGCUGCCCUCGCCACCAAGAUCAACAGGAUCCACAGGAUAUUCAACGACCCUGCGCGUAGUCCUCGCAAACGACGGUACACUAGUCCGAGGUCGCAGCUGGCGAUCGCCUCGAUCCUCGGUCUGGUCGAGGUCGCCUUCGACGCGAGUUGGCUGCUGAAGGAACCCCCGGCAGUAACGCACUCGUACCCGAGUAGGGAGGCAAACGUCCGGGUAUGUAAGGGUUCCGAAGACGGUUCGUACGUGAUCGGUUUGCUAUAUCCCUUCGUUCUUACCGUCGCAUCUACCAUAUACGCGAUCAAGACGAGGAAGUGUCCCGAGGGAUUCAACGAGACCCGUCGCAUAGCGUUCGCCAACUACGCGACGAUAAUUUUAUGGCUGGCAUUCGUGCCUCUGUAUCUCGCCUCCACCAGCAACGUCGUCAAAGUGAUCACCCUGGCGCUCUCUCUGUCUCUGAACGGUAUGGUACAGCUGCUAUGUCUGUUCCUGCCGAAAAUUUACGUGGUGCUGAUCAGACCCGAGAAGAACACCAGGGAGCUGGUGAUGGCUAGACACGCCGGUUCUUCCCAUCCGACCGCACCGGCUACGCCGAUAGCACCCAUCGCUCCUCUGCGCCCGGUCACCCCGGAAGCCACCUCCCCUUCGCCUUCGCUCGUCCCUCGAGAAACCGUCUAACGUUCUUAUUGUUAGAAGAAUCGGAU